AUGGACUCUCUGGCGCUCCGUAAGCGCAUGCUUCCGCCCUCGACAAAGAUGGCUGCGUACGCCGUCUCACUUCGUCCUUGGCCGUUAUCAAAUACCCUACUGUCUUUCAUUCUCGCGUCACUGUUGACGGGUAUGGCGCCGAUUCCGAAGACUGUGGGGCUAAUCAAGUUAGGCUUUCCUCUGCGGCCUGGCUGCCCGCUGGGGGUCGCUGCUGUCUCCAAACACUGCAGGGUAUUCGGUCCUGAGGACUGA